AUUGAUAUUGGCUACUGUUGGCUAAAUUGGCGGCGAGCUCUAGCUAGCAGGGGACUUGCGGCGUCCGUGAGUCAGGGAAUUUCGUCGACUCCGUCGUGAGCUUGUCGGACUCUGCUGACACUCCAGUGUGAAAAUGGUGCAGUCAACGAUGAAUAUAACUUCAGCAGCUGGAAUAAUUUCCCUGCUUGAAGAGAACCAGACAGAGCUCAGAGUUUUUGCCUUGAAGAAGCUGGACAACAUUGUCGAUGAGUUCUGGGCCGAGAUCUCCGAAGCAAUCGAGAAGAUUGAGGUUCUUUACGAGGAUAAUAGCUUUCCUGAGAGGCACCUGGCCGCUCUGGUUGCAUCCAAGGUCUACUACCACCUUGGCUCAUUUGAAGACUCCUUAACUUAUGCCCUCGGUGCGAGCGAGCUUUUUGAUGUAACUUCGUCAUCGGAGUAUGUGCAGACGAUCAUAUCCAAGUCCAUUGACCACUACAUAAAGUUGCGCAAGCAGCCUGAGGGAAGCGAGAGCAUUGAUGAUCGAUUGGAGGCUAUCGUGAACCGCAUGUUCCAGCGCUGCUUUGACGACAAGCAGUAUCGGCAGGCAGUGGGCAUUGCGCUUGAGACGCGUCGCAUGGACAUGUUUGAGAAAGCCAUCGUGAGUUCAAAAGAAGUUCCUGCAAUGCUGGCCUACAGUGCCAAUGUAGCCAUGACACUUGUCCAAAAUCGGGCCUUCCAGGAUGAGGUGCUGCGCACCUUGGUCCGACUCUACAAGAAUCUUGCCAUACCAGACUAUGUCAACAUGUGCCAGUGCCUCAUCUUCCUGGAUGAUGCACAGUCAGUGGCUGAUGUGCUACUACGGCUCCUUGAUGGCAAUACGGAAUCAACGCUGAUGGCAUACCAGAUAGCUUUUGACCUCUACGAGAGUGCCACCCAGCAGUUCCUGACACGCGUACUGCAGGCACUGCGCACCUUAGGUGGUGGGACGGAGGAAGCGUCUGCAAACGCAGUAGCACCAGCAGAAGCAGCAGAUGAUACACAGGACACACAGACAGAACCAGCAGUGACGGAGCUGCCUGCUGAGACUCCUGCUGACAAGGAAAAGAGUGUACGCAUGGGCCAACUUGACAAACUGGCCACCAUCCUCAGCGGAGAGGUCACUAUCGGCUUGCACCUGCAGUUCCUCAUCCGCAGCAAUCACACUGACCUGCUCAUUCUCAAGCAGACAAAGGAUGCUGUUCGGAAUUCGGUAUGCCACACAGCCACAGUGAUUGCCAAUUCUCUUAUGCACUGUGGCACUACUAGCGACCUCUUCCUAAGGGACAAUCUGGAGUGGCUUGCGCGCGCCACCAACUGGGCCAAGUUCACGGCCACUGCCAGCCUUGGUGUCAUACACAAGGGUCAUGAGAAGGAGGCCCUACACUUGAUGUCAUCGUACCUGCCUAAGGAGUCUGGUCCUGGCAGUGGGUACACAGAAGGUGGUGGUCUGUACGCUCUGGGCCUCAUUCAUGCCAACCAUGGUGCUGCCAUCACUGAUUAUCUGCUCUCACAGCUCAGGGAGGCCAAGAAUGAGAUUGUACGUCAUGGAGGAUGCCUUGGUCUUGGUCUCGCUGCAAUGAGCACUCACAGAGAAGACAUUUAUGAGCAGCUGAAGCACACACUGUACCAGGACGAUGCAGUUGCUGGGGAGGCUGCAGGCAUUGCCAUGGGCCUGGUCAUGCUGGGCUCCAAUUCACAAUCCACACUGAAUGAUAUGAUUGCUUAUGCCCAUGAGACACAGCACGAGAAGAUCCUGCGUGGCCUGGCAGUGGGCAUAGCGUUGGUGCUGUAUGGGCGCCUGGAGGAAGCUGAUGCUCAGAUUGAUGCCUUGGCCAAGGACAAGGACGCACUGCUACGUCGUUCAGCCAUGCACGCCAUUGCCAUGGCCUAUUGUGGAUCUGGAAACAAUGCUGCUGUACGAAGGCUUCUGCACGUUGCGGUGAGUGACGUGAAUGAUGACGUGAGGCGUGCAGCUGUAGAAGCUCUUGGAUUCAUCUUAUUCAGGACUCCUGAGCAGUGCCCUGGUGUCGUGUCACUUCUCUCUGAGAGCUACAACCCCAAUGUACGCUAUGGCUCAGCCAUGGCACUUGGCAUCUCAUGUGCUGGUACUGGAAACAAGGAAGCCCUGUCCCUACUGGAGCCAAUGACGAACGACCCCGUCAACUAUGUCCGCCAGGGAGCACUGAUCGCCUCUGCGCUAAUCCUCAUCCAACAGACAGAGGCUACCUGCCCAAAAGUCAAGGACUUCCGACAGCUCUACCACAAGGUUGUGAGUGACAAGCAUGACGAUGUGAUGGCUAAGCUGGGUGCCAUCCUGGCUCAGGGCAUUCUGGAUGCAGGGGGCCGUAACGUCACUGUUGCGCUUACUUCCCGCACUGGCCAUGUGAACAUGGCUGGUGUUGUAGGUAUGCUCGUCUUCACACAGUUCUGGUACUGGUUCCCUCUGGCACACUUUCUGUCACUGGCCCUGAGCCCAACCUGUCUGAUUGCCCUGACUGGGGAGCUGAAAAUGCCGCGGCUGCAGAUUCGGUCGGGGGCCAAACCUUCGAUGUUUGCCUACCCGCCACCGUUGGAGGAGAAGAAGGAGCGGGAGCGUGAGAAGGUCACCACAGCAGUGCUCUCCAUCACAGCCAAGGCCCGCCGUCGUGAGGCACACUCUGGCAAGGAAUCACCCGUGCCAGCAGCAACAUCCGACACCAUGGAAGUGGACGAAGAGCCUUCUACGAGCACAGCAGCAAAGAAGGAGGAGGCACCAACCGCUGGUACGGAAGAGGCCAAAAAAGAAGGCACAGAUGCUCCUGCUGGCACUGAAACCAAGGCCGAUUCUAAGGCUGAUUCCAAGGCUGAUCCCAAGGCUGAUUCCAAGGCUGAUUCCAAGGCUGAAUCCAAGACGGAAUCCAAAACUGAACCCAAAGCUGAAGUUAAGGCCAAACCAGAGCCAAACUUUGAGCUCCUCUCCAAUCCAGCAAGAGUAGUAAAACCACAAUUGAAGCUACUUAGCAUGCCUGAAGGGUCCCGCUACCGGCCCAUCAAGGACAUCACAAUUGGUGGCAUUAUCAUGGUGACAGACACAAAGUCGAGUGAAGAGGAAGAAUUGGUGGAGCCCGUCUCAGCUGGAGGCCCCACUGCAGAGAACGACGAAGGUGACGAACCUGAGGCCCCUGAACCAUUUCAAUACCCGUUUGACCAUGACUGAUGGCGACGUUUAUUUGUGGUUUACUGCUGCUGUGUGAAUAUAAAUUUGGACCUAGUUU